CAAUCCCGAGCCCCCACCCCACCCCCAUAUUCCGUUGCUGUAGUUUGACUCUGCAUGCCGUUUACAUACCACAGCCACAGUGGGCAGUUCUGCCUGCAUGCAGCUGGCACGCUUGAAGCUGUUGUGCUGCGCGCCAUCGACGCGGGAUUUACGCACAUUGGCCUCUCUGAGCACAUGCCGCGAACACGGGAAUCGCAGUUGUACAAUGAAGAGAAACACCUCGCACCCGCUGCUCUCGACGACAUGUUCACGGCGUACAUUGCCGAAGCUCGAAGACUCCGCGACAAGUACGGGUCGCGCAUCCACAUUGUGAUUGGGAUGGAGACUGAGUACUUUGGCUCGGAGACGAUCGCCGAGAUCCGCGCGCUGGUGGCUCGCCACGAGAUUGAGUAUCUCGUUGGAUCAGUGCACCAUGUCCAUGGGAUACCGACAGACUACUCGUCGGCGCUGUGCAACGACGCCGAGACUGCUGCGGGUGGGUCGUCCGACCAGCUCUUCCAAGCGUACUUUGAGCACCAAUACGCGCUCAUCAACGCGCUCCAGCCGCAAGUCGUGGGCCACUUUGACGUCAUCCGGUUGUACCGACGGGAUGCGCCGCUCUCCGCCGCGACGUGGGAGCUGAUUGACCGCAACAUUCGAUGCGCAGUUUCCUACGGCGCCCUGUUCGAAAUCAACUCGCGAGCGCUGAAAAAGAUGUUUGCUCAUCCGUACCCACAACUGGACAUUGCACAGCGAAUUCUCAGCCUCGGUGGCAAAUUCACCAUCUGCGACGAUAGCCACGGUGAAAACGAUGUCGCCAUGCACUACGAUCAGCUUCCGAGCUAUCUGGAAUUGCUCAACAUCGACACUGUCUACCUGCUGGAGCGUGUCAAGGACGCGGCCACUGGUGCCGUCACAACCGUUACCAGACCCGUCGAUUGGCGGACGCAUCCGUAUUGGUCUGCGAAAGCCAAGGCUCCAAGUGCAUCCUGAUCAGUGGUCGCUAAUAUGUUUUUUUGAAAAAAAAAUGCGAAAACUCAAGCUCUUGGAAGUGCUGGUAGGGAGGGGAUGUUUCAAUAUUGCUGUACAAGCGAUUUGGAUAUAAAUCAAGACAAUUUUGAGGGAAUUGCGCAGCGCAAAGGGAAGGAUGUCUGAUGGUUUAUGACUUGGUGCUGGCCUUCUCCAUGAGCGCGAGAGGCAUUAGUAUUUGAUUCUUGUUGGUCUCUACGAUUUUCCCGUUG